AUGAGAAUAGCAACGGGAAUGGGAUUGACAAAUAAUGGUAAUAUUGAGUUUUGGAAUGAUUUUAUUGAAUAAUUUAGAAAAUAAUUAAAAACUAUAAAUGAAGAUCUAUUUACAUAAUCAUUACAAGUUAUAUCCUAACAAAAUGUUGUUUCAUUAGAAUUAUGUGAAGCAGAAAUAGAAUACUAUAUAAUUAAUUCACAUAUUAGAAUUGAAAAUAUGAUGUCAAUCUAUGUAUCUAUGGCAAGAAAAUAAUUAGGAUCAUAAUAAUUAUAUUCUAAAUUAUAAUAAGAUAUAUAUGAAAUGUAAUUAUCUGGUGAUGAUUUAAUUUUAUAUGUAAUUGAAUUAAUGCAAGUAAAGGACAGAUUACCAAAUUAAACUCUAAAUGUCUUGGUAGCUAAAGCAUACUCAGAAAGUCAAAAUCAAGAAUUAAUAGAUAAAUUAACAAAUUUGAUAAAAUGA